AAGUCAUUCGUUUGCCCAACGGAUUUACAGCUUCCUGGCUUCCUGGUAUAACACAAUUUGGGUGCUUUGUUACUGGUUUUGUAGUGCAGUCAGUUCAAUGAAUGAAGAAAGAGCAUGAUUGUGAAAUACCAUUUUCAUUGCCCACAAUGAAUCCUCCCUUUAUAUUCAGUCAGCGUUCAUCUUUCGGUUUGGGUUCAUCUGUAGGAGAAAACCCUGAAAGCUCUGUCAGUUUUCCCGGUGAAAUGGCUGCAUUGUCGCAGCCGCUUGAUGAACUCAGUGCUAUAAUUCAGAAAUAUAAUGUCAUGGGUUCGGGAAACCCAUUUGUAUCAAUGGAUACAUCUCUUGUUCGAAUGUCCAGAGGAGUGACCUCUGAUUCUAACAAAAAGGAAGACGGAACUCAUCCUCGCUGGAACAAUGAGGAAGGAGGAGGAGAGCUCGAGUCUUCUUGUCGGAGGAGCCACAAUUUUUCCGAGAGGCAGCGGCGCAGCGACAUGAAUCGUUUGCUGGAACAAAUGCAUUCAUUGUUGCCAAAUCCCACCGCCAAGAAAGAGAAGACGUCCAUUCUAGCAGAGACGAUAAGCUACAUCGAAUCUCUCCAGCAACAGCUGGCCAAUUAUUCAGGAAGAUUUGCAGAUACCCAACUGCAAAACCAUACAAAUACAGAUACCGUGAAAUGUGAAUCUUUGAGCUCCGUGCAAGAAAUUCUUCAACGUUCCUCGUCUAGUUCUGAUUGUCUUAGAUCUUCUUCACUGCAAUACUUAAGCAGCAAAAAUAAGGAGGAAAACUUGCUAGUGAACUGCAUCGGCACAGACAUUUUCAUUACAAUAAACUGUGCGAAUAAGGUGAACCUCUUGCCUUCAAUUAUAUUUACGGUAGAGUCACACGGCAUACAAGUCGUGGAUGUGUUCGUUUCUGCCACAAAUGCAAGGGCCUUCCAUUUUCUGCGUGUGAAGGCUGCCCAUAUUUUGAAUCCUGCAGCCAGAGAAACUUUGCAUCUUAGAUUAAAGAAACUUAUUGAUCAUUGAACGGGACCUGGAAAUGUUGAUGGAGCCAUCGAUAUAAGAUAAGUUUUAAGACAAUUUUAAGACAGAGAAAUCGGGAGAGUUCAUACCACCAACUAUCCAUUGACUGGCUUUGUAUUUUUAUAAUCAAACAGAACAAUGCUGGCGAUAACCAAAUGUAUGGCAUGAUGUGAGCUACUCUGUGCAGUGGGUUUUCUUGAAGCCUUUUACUCUCAUGAUUGUAUUAGUUUCUCAUUGGGAGUGUCCCUGUGUUAUAAAUAUUUAGUUUUCCGUGCC